CUUCACAUUUUUCGACCAUCGGUGUGGAUUAUAAGAUCUACUUCCACACCACUGGCUUCUUCUCAUCUCUUUGCUCUUCCAUUCUGUUCUAUUGACCAUCAUCACCAUGGCAGCAUCAGCAGCUUCUUCCACUAUGUUCACUCUCUCUUUCUCUUCUUCCCAAACCCACCAAGUUUCCCCUUCCAAUAUCUCCUUCCAAGGCCUCAGACCCCUCUCCACCAAAACCAAAUCUUCCCUCCCCAAACUCUCCACUUCUUCCAAAAAAUCCAAUUUUGGCGCCAUCAAAGCUGAGCUCAACCCUUCCCUUGUCAUCAGUCUCAGCACCGGCCUCUCCUUGUUCUUGGGGAGGUUUGUCUUCUUUAACUUCCAGAGAGAGAACGUGGCCAAGCAAGGUUUGCCUGAGCAGAAUGGAGUCACUCACUUCGAAGCGGGAGACACUCGUGCUAAGGAAUACGUUAGUCUCUUGAAAUCAAAUGACCCUGUUGGCUUCAACAUCGUUGAUGUUCUUGCUUGGGGCUCCAUUGGCCAUAUUGUUGCUUACUACAUCUUGGCUACUUCCAGCAAUGGCUAUGAUCCCAAGUUCUUCUGAUUUUGUUCGUCAAGUGUAACUUCAUUACUAAUUGUAUAGUGGAAAUUACUCUGUUGUUGUGUCUUCAGAUUUCAGAUUCAUGUACUCUGAAUGCUUUAGUUAAUUGCUUUGCAAAAAUA